AUGCUUCAGGACAUUAUUCUGGGACGCAAGUUCUUCGAUUACCAUGACAUCCUGGCGGACUGCCGGAACAGACAACUCCUGUUCACAGAGACUAGUUUGCCGAUGGAAAAGACUGCGGAUAUUCCCAUGGAUGAAUCCGCACAACCGACCCCCGGCAAGCCCGAAUGGGAAAAAGAUGUCGCAGACCGAAAAAAGGCAAUGGCCUUGGAAGAUAAGCGAAGGGCGGACGGCGAGCCGCACCGCUAG